GAGGUUGACAGCAAACUGAUAGUGCAAUAUACUUUUACAGUUCUCCUGGCAAUAAAUUGCCAACAUGAACAGGAGGAUGGACAUCCGUUUAUUAAGUAAAAAAAUAAAAAUAUUUUAUGGUGAUGUGGAUAUGAUGACGUGACUUGGAUACAGUUUGGUAUAAAAGCUGAUGAAACUGGGUGAAGAGAAUAAGAGGAGAAGAGAAAGAGGGACACACCAGUUGCUGUUAUUCCAGGCCUACGUGCAAUAUUUAGACAAACCGAGGCUUCUUCCUUAGCUUGGAGACUUCAUACCCAGGGUCAUGCCUGUGAACCUAUCCACUCUGACUGUUUGCCUGCUAGGCACAGCCAUUCUCUGUGCAGAGAUUUAUCCUGCAUCUUCAAACAAUACAUCUACCCCAACAGCACCAUCUGUAAGCCCAGAGGAUACUCCUGCCAAUGUGUCCACCCUUGCACCUUCCACCACUGGUACUAUCACCUCUGCUCCAGGGACUGACCUCACAUCUAACCCCACAGAGGCCAAGAGCACCAUGGUCUCCACAUCCGACCAGGCAAAUGAAGAAGCCACAGAGACAAUAUUGUCAACUGGCGAGAUAGCCGGCAUUGCUGUCGGCAGCAUUGCUGGAGUGGCGGCUAUUGGUGGAGGGAUCUUUGCUGGUCUGAAGUUUAGUGGUAAGCUGGCAGGUUAGUGUUGCUAGACUGGACUGUGCUGGGUAAAGAUAAGCUGAGUGGGUUGGUAAGGGGAGAUUCGAUUGGCCUGAGACCAGUCCAAGACUCUACAUACUGCACAACCACUGUGGGAAAAAACAGAGCCCUCUCACCUUCCUCUUUCUGAAACCACUGCCAACCAACACACAUACCUUAAUUUACAACUAUACAGGAAUGCAGAUUGCAUUACUAUGAGCCACAAUCUGGAAUUUUAUACUGUGGUCAGUCGAGAUAAUAUAGUACUUCUACUGCUAUGUAUAUAUAUAUAUAUAUAUAUAUAUAUAUGUAUGUAUAUAUAUGUAUAUAUAUAUA